CCCGCGGAGGGUGACGGGCGCUUCCUCGCCCGGGAGCCGCUGUUGCUGCCGCUUCUGCCGCUGCCUCGCCGGGGCUCCGCUGCCGCCCGCCCCGGCACCGGGGCGUCUCUGCCGGCCUCCUCCUGCCGGCCCUCCGCGGCUGGCCCUGUCGCGCAGCCCCGGCUCCUCUUUCUUUCAGCGGACUCCUGGGCCCGGCUAUGGCGGACUUUGACGAGAUCUACGAGGAGGAGGAGGACGAGGAGCGGGCGCUAGAGGAGCAGCUCCUCAAGUACUCUCCUGACCCGGUGGUGGUGCGCGGCUCCGGCCAUGUCACAGUGUUUGGACUAAGCAACAAAUUUGAAGCAGAAUUUCCUUCAUCUUUAACUGGAAAGGUUGCACCUGAAGAAUUUAAAGCCAGCAUCAGCAGAGUUAACAGUUGUCUUAAGAAGAACCUUCCAGUUAAUGUACGAUGGCUACUAUGUGGAUGCCUUUGCUGUUGCUGCACUUUAGGUUGUAGUAUGUGGCCAGUUAUCUGCCUCAGUAAAAGAACACGAAGAUCGAUUGAGAAGUUAUUAGAAUGGGAAAACAAUAGGUUAUACCACAAGCUGUGCUUGCAUUGGAGACUAAGCAAAAGGAAAUGUGAAACGAAUAACAUGAUGGAAUAUGUCAUCCUUAUAGAAUUUUUACCAAAGACACCGAUUUUUCGACCAGAUUAACAUUUGAUUUAUUUAUAGAGACUUACUCAAGUAUGUUGUCUUUCCAAUGGUGCCUUGCUUGGUGCUCUCCUGGUGGUAACAUAGAUUGGUUCUACAGAAUCUUGUGGUGUUGUCAUUCUUUUUUUGUUUGUUUUCUUGGGUUUCUUUUUUUCAGUAAGAGCAUGUUCCAAGUGCAUUUGUUCAAACUCUGCAAAGGAAUUUCACACAAAUGUUAACUGCUACUUAAGUUAUUGUUACUUUUACUACUUCUGUUUAUUAGUAUAUCUUGAUUUUCAAAGAGUCUUUUUUAUGUGUGCGUGCGCGUGUGUACAUACAUACAUAUAUAUAUAUAUAUAUAUAAAACUAAAUACACAGCUGAAAAUGGUAUACAAGCGAGCAGGUAUUUUUUUAUCCCAAAAUGACACAACUGAUUGACUGUACGUUGCGUAAGUCCUUUUAAUCUUUCAUUUACAUGCUGAAAUACCUUCCGAGAUCUUCCUAAACUUUUGUCAGUGACUAGUGAAUUGUAAAUAUUUUUAUUUCUUUUUGGGAUAUUGGCUAGCCUCUUCCAACAAAAGAAGGAGAUAAAGUUCUUCUUGAAACUGUGUUUUUUGGAACCCAAAUGCCAUUGCAUUAGUAGAAAUCUCUGUGCUUUUCAUGAAGAAGUCUAGUCAGCUGGUUCUGAAAAAAGUUCUAAUUUAAAGGUUUUUUGGUUUUGUUUUGGUUUUUUUUUUGUUUGAAAAAUUACCCAACAAACUAGAAUUAUUUCACAUUCAGACUAGAAGAGUUGUUGAGAGACUUGCAUACGUCUGGUUAGUAGAACUUGAGAUCAUAAAACCAUAUUGAUACUACAAUUUAUAAUGUAGCUGUUUUAAUUCAAGAUAUUGCCAUGUAUCAGCUUUGUUCUGUUUACCGGAUCCUGUGCACAGAGUUGUUGGAGGACUUGUUUUGCUAGAAAAUACUGUCCAAGAGGACUUUUCAGGGUUUUUAUUUUUGUUUGUUUGUUUUAAAGUCACAUAAAUGGAAAAGAUUAUUGAAGAAGUCUUGAAUACUGUUCCAGAUGCAAAUGCAGAUGCCGUGUAUUAAAAAUAAUCAAAGCAGGAUAUACUGGGCAACAGUGGAAAGUUUAAAUGUGUUAGAUAAUUAUUUAUUGCACCCUUGCUUUUGCUCAUUUUGGUUUACAACUAUUAUUUUCUGCAUAAGACUUUUUUUUUUUUAAACUGGAUAGAUGAUGUAUGCUUGGGUCAGGCCAGUUGUAUUUUCGUUUCUUCUACUUGUAUCUUAGUUGUAUAUAUCUUCAUAUAUAGGUUUGUUUUUUUAAUUGCAACUCAAUCAUCUUUUUUGAUUUCCUUUAGGUAUCUAAAAUUACUGUAUGUGAACAUUAAUGUAAGUUAAGAUGUUCCUUGUACAGUUGUGGUAGCAAGCAAUAAUGUGAAUAUAUGAAAAAAACAAAUAUACCCUACUUAAUAUUUGUAUGAAUGAAAAAUUGAUACCACUACAAGAAUAGUCUUCUCUUUUUAAUCUUUUAAAUACAAGUUUUAUUUCAAGGUAAUAUAUUACAAAUACCUUGAUGCUGUGAACUAUUUUUCUAUGUCUUCAAAAUAUUUAUUCUCUGUCAAAUAUUCUCUAGUGAGUAUUAUAUUCCUGAAUUGUUGAUAGUGGGAGUGGUCUAGAAAGUUAUAAGUUUCCUUAAAUCUGAAUCUUCUGUAUCUGUUGCCAAAACUCAUCCUUUGCUCAGCUUUUGUCUGUAGAUUCCUGCUGUUUACUUUGAAAAUAGCUCAGCUAUGCUUUUCAUACAAGCCUACACAAGUGUGUUUGUUUGAAUUGACAGAAUAUGAUUUUUGAUUAACAGAUAGCAGUUUUGUGCUGCUCAGUCUUCUGCGUCCCACAACGGUUUCUCUCCAAAAUAACUGGUUAUAAUGUUUUAAAACUCAAUUUCAGCCUCUUUUUUUAGUACAAAUCUGGGUCUGCAACACUCCUCUCACUCAGAAAUAAUAGGUACAAUCUCAGACCAGUUUCAGCCUGCAACAGGGGCCAGAAGCCUGACACUGAUGGCUAUGCAGGUUGGAGGUGCAGGGGAGAGGUUGGAAUUGAAUUACAGAAAUGGUAACUGGUGAUAAGUACUGAUGACUAGAAAUACAUGUUGAUUUCUUCAAGUAUCAGUUUUCAAUAAAGUAAAUAUUGAAUUGUACAAGGCCUAGAUUUUAUUAUGAAAGUUCUCAGUUGUCUGUAUAGAAAGGUUUGUGUCAUGGAUGCAGUUUUCCACUCAUCCUGGUUCAUUGGUGUGGAGAGAUGUGGCUUGUGCUAUGCUCAUACCAGCACUGCAUUCAGUGUGAGCUAUUCAUCUGUUUACUACCCAAGCUUGCCAUAAUACAUUCUGUGACACCACCACUACCUUUCCAGCAGUAUCCCAAAAUGACCUACAGUAAAGCUAAUUUGAGCAUGAUGUGUACUGAAAUCCCAGCAUUGAACAGAGUGCGGCUUUCAGGUUUACAAAGAGGGUUUCCUUCGUAAAGCUUCCACAUGAGCAGUAGCACUGGUUAAGAUCUUGUCUACUUUUAGGUGCAUCUACAGUCAUCUGCUUGGUUACCAGGCAUCUCUGUAUUUUAACUAUGACUUUCUGUAAGAAUGCUAAUAUAGUGGUCCAGAGUAGAGCUCUGAGCAAAUAAAGUUAAAUCCCUUAGUAAGGAGGCCAGAGCGAUUGCCUCUUAAAGUAUUUCUGAUAUUUUAUUAAGACAAUGUCUCUGACUUAAAUACAAGCAGGAAACUUGAGAAACUGCGAGCAUAUACAGAUGAGUUUUGUUCUAAAGUGUUAACUUUCCUGACGAGAAAGUACACUCGCCUAGUAAGAAGGUUAGAAAACAUUUUCAUACAGUCCCUUUCUAUUCAUUAAUUAUAGUGAUGGAAAUUAAACUGGCAGGAAUUUAAAUCAACUAUUUAAUGCCUGCAGCUGUCAUCAGGAUUUUACUUUGAUGUUGUUUCUAAAAUACUGUAUCUAUUUUGUGUGCAAGUGAGAAGAAAUGUGUUACCUCUUUUUUGUCCAGUUGGCAAAGAAUAAAGUUGCAACAAUUUGAGCAGGGCAAAAGCUAUAGUAGGAUUUCCAGGACACAGCCUGGAACAUAACAUAAAUAUUACAUUGUAAGAAUUUGCUCAGCUUCUUGCAAUUUGUUAAUUCCUACAGAUGAUCUUAUUUCCAGUUUCCCUGAAUAGUAAGAGUUAGGUACCCACUUGGUAUUGUUUAACAGAUUAUGUUAAUUAUGUCUGUUUCCCCUUUAUCCUGAAAAACUAGAGGUAAAGGCAUCAAUGACUCCCUGUCAAAACUAAUUGUUAUUUUUAGGUAUGGUGGCCUUUAACUGGCCAAUAAAGAUUUCUUUCUUACUGUAAUAUAAUAGAACUAAAUUAUUUUUUAUCUUUCAGUGGCAGGUAGGAACAAGUCCUGAGGGAGAAAGGCUUUCUGUCUGACCCUACAUGAAGAAUUUUUUAGAGCUCAUGUAUCGUUAAAUAGCUAUGAAGUUUGGGAUUGGCAAACUUCACCAGAAAUUAAGAUGUUUACGGAGAUAAGUUGCAUGAAGUAAGUACAUUUUCUGUAAUAGCUCAGUAAGAGUCAUCGUAAUAAACUACAUAUGCAAAUCCAAAACUUCCUGCAAUACUGAAAACGAGGUAGAUUGUAAAAACUUUUACAGUACUUAGAUAUGAACUGUAAUAUUUAACAAUUCAUUAAAUGAUACCUUUUUGUAAAUCUCAAGACCAUGAUGUUUAAAUGUAAUGCUCUAUCUCAGAUAGAUUUUUUUUUUUCUAAAAAGUCAUUAUUUAUCCCUGAAGAUUGUAGGGAAGAGCUUUAAAAUGCAAUCUGCAACUGCUCAGAAGCCAGAAGGCAAAAAUAAAAAACCCCAACUUGUCUUUAUUCCUUUCCCUCCAUCCCCCACCACAAAGUCUCCGUUUUAAAUCAGUUCCCUUGUUUUGGGAGCCCUAGCUUAUGGUUUUUGAGCAGCUGGCAAUAAUGCAAAUUGUUCACCAAAAAAAUGCCAUUUGAAUUCUGAACAAUUUAAAGAGAUCACUUUAAUUGAAAAGGCAAAAUACUUGUUAGGCAAAGAAAAUCCCUGAUUCUUUUAAGUUCUCCCAGCACUGCUGUUGAGUAAUUAAGAAGAAGGAUUGUGAUGACCCUACAUUAGGUCAAAAUCCAGAUGAUUUCAUGUAAAGGAAAUGCUCAAUUAGAGAGGUCUCGGGGCCCAAAAUGUCUUCAAUUCAUAGUAGCGACUUACUAAGGAUAAGUGGCCCUAGCUAGUUCGGUAUCUGUGACUAAAUUAAUUUAUGUUACUCUUCAGCAUCCUUGCUUAUGAAAAGAAAGCAUUUUAGAAGUAAGAUCUGUAUUCAUCACCACUUGUUUGCUGUAGUUCUGUGCUGCUCCUCCCUAAAGCCAUGUUGCAUUUCCAUCGCAAACAGCUAAGUGUAUGAUCGUUAUAAUGUCUUUAAUAGCCAUAUUGUAGGUAGAAAUAUUAACUUCUCAGGGACUAAUAGGAAAUAGGAAAAUGGAGUUAAUGAACUGAAUGCCUAUCUGCAUGAAGGCUUACUUUGCAAACGGCACCCUAGAAACCUGAUUGUAAUAUGCAUGACCAUUAUGAAUGUUAUCAAUAUAAAGCUAUGAAAGCUCCCUUAACCAUAUAUUAUUAGGCUGCUGAAUGUCAAAGUAUGUUGGAUAAGGAUAAAUGAAGUUUUUCUUUUUUUCACGAUUUAGAUAGAGUGAUUAUUUCUGAUGGUGCUACCUUCUUAAUUCCUGUGUUUAUUCUUUGUAAAGUUGUCUCUGUAGGCUGGGUGAAUCAGGGAAUAAAGGUGUAAGGAGAAAACAGCAUCAUUCCUUUUCUUAAGGAAUUGGAAAAACUUCAAGGGGACAAAUAUCUUAGAAGCAAAAAAAAUUCUCUACUGAAAAAAUCAUGCAUUUAUUCUCCAUUAGUUACAGAAAUCCUUUUGGGUUUUGUUGCUAACAGUAUUUUGAAAUUCAUUAAUUUUUGAACUUGAUCUUUUUGCACACUGACGUUUCAGUCAGCGUGUCCUGAAUUAGAGACUACGUUUGAAAACUCAGAAAAAUCUCAACCCUGAAUCCUUACAGGAAACUUCAUGUAUUGACACUUGUUGUGCUGGUGUGUGUAUGUCCACCACAUGACACCCGGGUAAUGCAUCUUUUAUAAACUCCAUUUCAUUGUUUCAUGGAAGGUGUCCUUUUAAAAAUUCUUCUGCUUAGUUUACCUCAUUAAUACUAAGAUUUAUUUUCUUGAAAAAAAAAUUCAUAAAUGCUUGACUCCUCAAGAAUACAACAGAUCGUUAGGAAAUAUUUAGUGAGGUAAAAGAUGAAACAAAUUAGGAGAAGCAACACCCAAAAGGUUGAGUUUGGAGGUUAGGUUUGGAAUUCUCUGAGUGUGAUGGAAAAUAGUUUUGGAUAAUGAAAGUUAAGUAAAAGCUAGCAAUCCAUGUAGACUGUCUUAAUUUCUAUUACUUUAACAUGUGUGUUAUUGAUUCAUUUUGGUUAUGCCCUGAUGGAUAGACAGUUCUGCUAUUAUGCACAUUUUGAAGUAAGCUUUCCUCUAAACUUGGCAUUUCUUAGUUUAAAAUGCCCAGACCAAAACAGAAUCGCUGCUGAGAGCUGAGCAGCAAGUACCAGCACAGUGUCUUCCUGAGCUGGAGCCUGUAAUGCAUGGCUAAUUGUUUCCAAAGAAAAUUCUUGCCUCCUCCGAACAGCUCCUGUCAUGUGACAGUGUAUCUAAAACCUGGGAGUGGGGUCCAGUUAGGACAGUUUAAGGUCAGGUAAGUAAGUGAGACUUUUGUAGUUAGGUGUAGCUUUUAUGGAAAAGGGAACCAUUAACAUGGUCACUUUUGGAGGGCAGGUAGUUGAUUUUAUAAUGUUUAUUGAAACAUACUCCCUGCUCCUUUAUAAUUUCAUCAUUGAAAGUUACUUUACCUAGACUGGGUAGUUAGCUGAAGAUUUAUUUUUUUCUGUCACAGUGUUUUCAGUUUGUGAAUCCGUUGUUAAAAUCACUUUGGAAAUCCAGAAGUCCGGAUCCUGGUGCAAUAUAACUGAUAUUUUUAGGAGCUUCAUGUUUAAAUUAAUUUAAUUGUACCUAUAUAAAUAUCUCAUUCAUCCACUCUAAAUGUUUAUGUCUGAUCCUUCUGCGCUUGCGGCAGGCUUUCUGACUUUUUAGGUUGUGUUGUGUACCUACUUGCGAAUACCGUCAGCAGUUUGGUUCAGUGAGAUAACAAGGAAUGCAGAGUAGUCCCUGAUUUGAAAAUUGUAACUCAGAUUCUUGUUUCUGUAAUGGACCAAGUUUGGCAAUCAGAAUACAAAACUAAUUCCAAAUUAAAAAAAAAAAAACAACAGAAAACUAAAGAGAACAGUAAACUGCAAGCCAGUGCCUAAAUGUUGUGUGCUAAAUUAGUCCUGUGCUAUUCAUGUUACUUUAAAAGAAUUUGCAGAGAAUUGCAUUGUAUUGUACACGCUUGCGAAAAAAUCUGUUAAGUGUACAAAACAGGAAUGGCAAAUAAGUGACUGAAAGGAUGCUGUCUUUCAGGAAGGCAGACUUAAAGCUCAGUAUUUUUGACUAUAUUAAAAAUCCAUUUUGGGCAGAAAAUGCAUAAGCAAUAAUUUAACCUAGAACUGGAUAUUAAGGAAGCUGCUAUUUAUAGAGAGACUUGAUGGUAAUUUUGCCUGUUGGGCAUCUCCUCUCAUCAAACGUUUAGAAAGAUAGGGUUGCUGCGAUUUCCACUGUUGUAACAUUCCUCUUCAGAUAUUUGAAGUCCGGGUGAGAGACUGAAAGCUUAGAGGCCAGUACUGUGUUCACAGGGUGCAUGGCUUUGGGAGAAGACAGGAAGAAAAUUACUUUUUUUUUUAAGGCUUCACAAUUGUAUAUAUAUGCGUAUUUAAGAGUAUUUAACCAUGUCUGCUAAAUUACUGAAGUUAAGCUAUUGUUGAAAUAUAGAAUAUUAUUUAAUACAUCAACAUGGUUUUUCCUGACCUGACCCAGAAUUGGAAUGGACUCCAAUAUAAAUUUUUUAAAAGCAUUUCUCAAGUUGUAUGUAUUAUAAACUAAUAAAAUAAUUGUUAACCUA